AUGGAUAACCAAGGCAAUGCAACAUGCUGCUCUAAUGAUCAGGUCUACGUCAUCAGCUACGCCGAGCGGCAGACUCUGGCUGCUGUGGGCAUAAUCGUCUCAUUCCUUGGAAUCAUCGGCAAUACGCUAGUCAUAGCAGCGGUGAUUCUAUCCAAGAAACUUCGCACCACAACCAAUGUGUUUAUACUCAAUCUAAGCGUUGCCGAUCUGUUGACGUGUGGUUUCGUGCUCCCUCUUGAUACGGUGGCUAUGCUGGGCAACCACUGGCCACUCCCGAUUGCAUUGUGCAAACUUGCCGGUUUCGUUGCCAUUGUUUCCGUUGGCGCGAGCAGCAACAGUAUGGCGUUUAUUGCUGCUAACAGAUACAUCUUAGUCACAAAAAGCAUGUCAACCUAUCGCCGGUGUUUCAGCCGAAACAAGACUCUGGCCGCAGUUGUUUUUAUAUGGCUGUUUUCAAUGACUGUUGCAAUCGUCCCACAAUGCACCGGACUCCUCAAACUUGGCUACCAGCCAAGGUUUUCUUCUUGCGCGUGGUCGGGGAACGGCCGCAACGAGCUUGACUUGUACUUCUUUGCCAUGUUUUACCUGGUCCAGUGUGGCUGCAUAUCGUGGAGUUACGCUGGGAUUGCUUACCACACUUACAACCACACCAGAAAGGUUCAGCACCUGACCACCAGACCCGCAGUUGCCAUUGUGAUGGAUGCGCAGAAUCAACAGAGGGGAGCUGGGCACCAGCCUGCGGGGAACAAACUUCAAAUGGAAGUUACCAAAAAUCUCUUUUUGCUGUGUGAAUCCCUUCUUGUAUGGGGCAAAGCACCCUCACUUUAA